UUGCCAUUAAAUUGUUUAGAUAAUCUAGCAGUUAUUCAGAAAGGACUUCUUAAAGCCGUAACUCGAACAUGUUUUCAUCCGGGCGCAAGUACACUGGUUCCGCUUCAGGCGAAGACCGAAUUGAGCGGUUGGCAGCUUGUACGGCGGCUUUUGCGGUAUGUUUGGCCAAAGGGUAACAGGGCAAUAAAGUCAAGGGUUCUUGUUGCACUGUGUCUACUAGUCGGUGCUAAGCUUGCAAACGUGUCAGUACCUUUUCUAUAUCGAGACAUCGUCAACUGUUAUAAUGAAAAAGCACCUACUUUCAUACAACUCACAUUUGACUCAGUUCCUAACGCUAUCUUCACAGUCGGAGUAUGUAUAAUUAUUGCGUAUGGUCUGGCUCGAGCGUCUUCUGCACUGAUGAACGAACUGCGAAAUGCCGUUUUUGCAAAGGUUGCGCACCAUUCAGUUCGAAGCAUCGCAAGGAACAUAUUUCUUCAUCUACACUCCCUCGAUCUUUCAUUCCACCUUAAUCGACAAACUGGAGCACUUUCGAAGGCCAUAGAUCGUGGUACGAGAGGAAUGAGCUUUGUUCUCUCCUCUUUGGUGUUUAACAUUGUUCCUACUGCUGUUGAGAUCGGAAUGGUGUCUGCAAUUUUCUGUGGCACACUGGGAUCCGAGUUUGCCUAUAUGACUAUGGGUAGUAUCGGAAUGUACACCAUUGCAACACUGGGAAUUACUCGGUAA